AUGUCGUCCAUGCGAGGCCUGGUCCAGUUCAUCGCCGACUUGCGAAACGCGCGGGCUCGAGACCUCGAAGAAAAGCGCAUCAACAAAGAACUCGCCAACAUCCGCCAGAAAUUCCGCGAUGGCAAUUUGAAUGGCUACCAGAGGAAGAAAUACGUCUGCAAGUUGUUGUAUGUCUAUAUACAAGGUUACGAUGUCGAGUUUGGACACUUGGAAGCCGUCAAUUUGAUUUCGGCAAAGAAUUAUUCGGAAAAGCAGAUUGGGUACUUGGCUGUUACCUUGUUGUUGCAUGAGCAGCAUGAGUUGCUCCAUUUGGUGGUGAAUAGUAUCCGCAAGGAUUUGUUGGAUAUGAACGAGUUGAAUAAUUGUUUGGCGUUGCAUGCUAUUGCGACUGUUGGUGGGAGGGAGAUAGGUGAGGCUUUGAGCUCGGAUGUUCAUAGGCUUUUGAUUUCACCAACAUCCAAAUCUUUCGUCAAGAAAAAAGCCGCUCUGACCCUGCUCCGUCUUUACCGAAAACACCCCUCAAUCGUCCAGCCGGAGUGGGCUGAGCGUAUCAUCUCCAUCAUGGAUGACCCAGACAUGGGUGUGACAUUAUCAGUCACGUCGCUUGUGAUGGCAUUGGUGCAAGAAAACCCGGAACAAUACAAAGGAAGCUAUGUCAAGGCUGCUCAGCGGCUGAAGAAGAUUGCUGUGGACGGAGAUGUGUCGGCUGAUUACCUAUACUAUCGGGUGCCCAAUCCAUGGCUUCAAGUGAAGCUGCUUCGGUUGCUGCAAUAUUAUCCUCCGUCUGACGACACCCAUGUCAGAGAACUGAUCCGUCAGUCUUUGGAACAAAUCAUGAAUUCGGCCAUGGAUACACCCAAGAACGUGCAGCAAAACAAUGCCCAAAACGCCAUCCUAUUCGAAGCCAUCAACCUCCUCAUUCAUCUGGACACGGAGCAUGCUUUGAUGAUGCAGAUCUCUUCGCGACUCGGCAAAUUCAUUCAAUCACGCGAAACCAAUGUUCGCUACCUUGGUUUAGAGGCCAUGGCCCAUUUUGCUGCCCGAGCAGAGACCUUGGACCCUAUCAAGAGUCACCAGCCAUAUAUUUUGGGAUCUCUCAGGGAUCGCGAUAUCAGCGUCCGACGAAAAGGAUUGGACCUUCUAUAUAGCAUGUGCGAUGUAACCAACGCACGAACAAUUGUGGCCGAGCUUCUUACAUACCUGCAGUCAGCUGACUAUGCUAUUCGGGAAGAAAUGGUGCUCAAAGUUGCCAUCUUGGCUGAAAAGUAUGCUACUGACGCACAGUGGUAUAUCGAUACAUCUGUGAAGCUACUUGCCAUGGCCGGUGACCAUGUAAGCGACGAAGUAUGGCAACGAGUUAUCCAGAUUGUCACCAACAACGAAGAGCUGCAAGCUUAUGCCGCAGACCACCUACUAAAAUACCUCAAGGGAGAUUGUCACGACAGCUUGAUCAAGAUUGGCAGCUACGUGCUGGGAGAAUUCGGUCAUUUGAUCGCUGAUAACAAGGGCUGCAGCCCUAUCGAGCAAUUCCUGGCUUUGCAGCCAAAGAUGUUCACUUGCUCUGAUAAUACGCGUGCUAUGAUUCUUUCGUCUUUUAUUAAAUUUGUCAAUCUGUUCCCCGAAAUCAAACCUCAGUUGUUGCAAAUGUUCAGGUUAUACAGCCACUCGCCGGAUCCAGAAUUGCAACAGAGAGCAUAUGAGUAUCUGAGGCUAGCGACUAUGCCGUCAGAUGAUCUUUUACGAACCGUGUGUGAUGAAAUGCCACCUUUCUCCGAGAGAGCUAGUGUAUUGCUGUCGCGUCUGCACCAAAAGACUGCAGGAACUAGCGACAAGCGAACCUGGGUUGUCGGAGGCAAGGAUGCUAAUACAGACAAACAGGAGGUCCUGAUGGCACAGACAACGGGCUUGAAACGCACGUUUACAACUAUUGUCAAUGGCGGUCGCAACGGUACCGCCAAUGGAAGUGCUAAUAAAGGCAGCGCCUCCAGGGAUCUUGCUGGCUUGGAUAUGUCUGCAAAGCCAACUGCUCCCCCGCCAAACCUGGCAAGUGCUGCUCACUUGAGCCCCGAUUGGGAAUAUGGUUUCAACCGUCUGUACUUUGCCGAUGAGGGUGUUUUGUUUGAAGAUGCGCAAAUCCAAGUUGGCUUGCGCUCAGAGUAUCGGGCACAUCUUGGCGUGGUCAAGAUGUAUUUCACGAACAAAUCCUCCUUCCCGAUUGGAUCUUUUACGACGACGUUAGACAAUCCCGCAUCGCCAAAUUUGAAAAUCGAUACAAAGAAUUUGCCUGAUUCAACGGUUCAGCCAGCCGGACAAACGCAGCAGACGAUAUUCGUCGAAGCUCAUGGACCAUUUUCGGAUGCACCUACGAUUCGUAUAUCUUAUCUUGCAGGUGCUUUGCAGGCUUAUACCCUCCAACUCCCAAUAUUGAUGCAUAGAUAUAUGGAUCCAUCAGAUCUAUCAGCAGAAGACUUUUUCAAGAGAUGGCGACAAAUCGGCGGAGCACCACUCGAAGCCCAAAAGACGUUCACUCUAACCGGCAAGGGGCGUAUGAUCCACGAGAAGUUCACCAGGUCUGUUGUGACGGGCUUUGGUUGGAAGAUUCUUAACGGCGUGGACCCGAAUGCUAGUAACAUUGUGGGAUGUGCCGUGUAUCAGGUCGAGAAUGGUAAGACGGGUUGUUUGUUGCGACUGGAGCCGAAUUAUGAGAAGAACAUGUAUCGAAUUACGAUUCGAGCAACGCAGGAAAAUGUGCCCCAAAUACUCGCGAGACAGAUGGAGCAGCGAUUAUCAAUCGGAGUCAGCGUUGAUGCUGAUCUACAGUAA